AUGGACUUCAAAUCGCCCAACUCAUCGCCUGAGGGAACAGUUCCAGAGAUGCGAACCAAGCGGCCCAAACCGGUGCUCACCUUGAGCUACCACCUUCCGACGGGUGUUGUGCAGGGACGACUGACUGAAGGUGGCAGCGGCUUCUCCCGUGGUGGACGUUCGCCGGCGCUAGUCCCGAUCCGGUCGCCCGUCGAGCCUCCGGCCCCGCGCAGCCCCUUCGGCCCGUCCUCCGCUAUCCUCAAAGCUCCCCAUCUCAGCCAGUCGAAGGAGUCCUUCUCCCCGCUCCCUCCUACUCCUACUACCGCCCCUUGCGAUGCUCCCCGGGCUAGCGUCUUCGAGACUUACCAGGCUCAGUUCCUUCAGGCUCAGUCUUCCGUUCAACCCCAGAAGAAGGAUUGA